CCCCGCCCCCAGAGGGGCUCUCCAGGGGCCCGCCCCCGCUGAACGGCCCGUGACACCUCAGGCCGCACCGCACUACGGCGCGUUACUAUAGAAACCAAGAACAACAGGAGUCCGGUUCCGCUUCCCGCUUUGCCUCAGCCGGCGCGCGCAAACGGGUGGGGGGGAAGAAGAGAGGCGUGCGCAUGCGCAGUCGCUCUCUCGGGGGCUCCCGGCGCAUGCGCGCGAACGGCCUGGCGCGGAGCUGCAGCCGGAGCCGGGACGAUGUCUCGCUACGGGCGCUAUGGAGGCGAGACCAAGGUGUACGUGGGGAACCUGGGCACCGGGGCCGGCAAGGGCGAGCUGGAGCGAGCCUUCAGCUACUACGGGCCCCUGCGCACCGUGUGGAUCGCGCGGAACCCGCCGGGCUUCGCCUUCGUGGAGUUUGAAGACCCAAGAGAUGCUGAAGAUGCAGUUCGAGGUUUGGAUGGAAAGGUGAUUUGUGGCUCGCGAGUGAGAGUUGAGCUGUCAACAGGCAUGCCCCGCCGCUCCCGCUAUGAUAGACCUCCUGCACGGCGACCAUUUGAUCCUAACGACCGAUGUUACGAAUGUGGCGAGAAAGGUCAUUAUGCUUAUGACUGUCAUCGCUAUAGUCGUCGAAGGAGGAGCAGGUCACGUUCUAGAUCUCAUUCAAGGUCCAGAGGAAGAAGGUAUUCUCGGUCACGCAGCCGAAGCCGUGGUAGGAGGUCCAGGUCAGCUUCCCUUCGCAGAUCCAGAUCUGUCUCUCCUCGUAGAUCUAGAUCAGCCUCACCCCGCAGGUCCCGAUCGGGUUCUUUAAAAAGAUCAAGAUCUAGAUCCAGAUCACGAUCAAGAUCCAGGUCUGUUACAUGGCCAAGAAGCAGGUCUGGGUCCCAUGGUAGAUCUAAAUCUGGCUCACCUGCUAAAAGCCGAUCAAAGUCCAGAUCCCCCUCUCCAAAGAGAAGUCUGAGCCAUUUAUAACCAUUCUCCAUUAACUUGGGUAAGUAUGCUCUUCUGAACACUUGGAGACAAUUCUUCCAAGCUUGGUAAAAAUCUCCUGAGGGAAGGAGUGCAUGAGAAGGGGAGUAGCUUGUAACAUGCCACACUGAGACCUUGUUUGUACUCUUCCUUUUCCUCCUUACUCUGUUCUUUUCCUCUUAUUCUUUUGGACACUUUAGAAAAGACUGUCAAAUCUUAAAGAUGCAUUGUUUAUUCAUUAAAAAGACUAAUGACUCUAUAGCAAACUUGAGAUUUCUUACAUCCUUGAGGAUAUUGUCUAACAGUGUAUGUUUGCAAGGUCUGUUUUAGAAAAAAAACUAACUCACUAAAUUCAU